UACCCGUAAUGCGCGUGCGGUACGGGGUGCAGUGUAUAUAUAGCCGACUCGGUUCUCCAAACGUCACCAUUCGAUCGAGUACCGCGGAACAAACAGCCAACAUGAAAUUCACGUCAGCUUUAGUCGUCGCUCUGGCCGUCGUAGCCCUCGCCCGGGCCGACAAGACGCCGCAGAAACCGGAAAAACGCAGCAUCGGCGAGGAAUACGGUUCCGGUGCGGUCCUGUCGUCCGGUUUGGCUUCCGGCUACGCCGCUUCCGCCGGCCUGUUGUCCAGCGGUUACGCCGCGGCUCCCGUCGGAUUGGCCGCCGGUUACGCCGCACCCGCCGGACUGGCCUACGGGUCCUCGUACGCCCCGGCCUACAGCAGCGGUGCCGUCAUCGCCGCAGCUCCGGCUGUCGGAAUCGCCGCCGCUCCGGCUGUCGGAAUCGCCGCCGCUCCGGCUCAACCCGUGUCCGCCCCGUACCCAGUGCCCGUGUCACGAACCGUCGGCGUCCCGGUACCGCACCCGGUCCCGUACCCAGUUGAACGCCCGUACCCGGUCCGCGUAGCCGCCCCGUACCCAGUACCGGUCGAAAGGCCAGUCCCGUACGCGGUCGACAGACCUGUGCCGCAACCGAUUGCCUCCCCGUACCCAGUCCCGGUCGUCCAAAACGUCCCGGUGCCGGUAUCCCGUCCGGUCGCUGUUCCGGUCGUCAGACGCGUGCCAGUGCCAGUCGCCACCCCGGUGGUCGUCCAAGCACCGCAGCCCAUCGCUAUCGCUGCUCCGGCGUUCUCAGCAGCCUACGCCGCACCAGCACCCGCAUACGGAGCAGGAUACGGCCUGGGAAUCUCAUCCAUCGCUUCUGGCUACGGAUCUCCGUCCUUGGCGUCUUCUUACUCCAGCCCAUCGCUGUCCUCGUACGAGUCAUACGGCCCAUCAGUAGCCUCUUCGUUGUACAGCGGUCCAUCUUCGUACGGAUCUUCUUACGGAUCCGGUCUGUCCUCGUACGGAUCAUCUUACGGAUCCGGCCUGUCCUCGUACGGAUCAUCUUCUUACGGAUCCGGUCUGUCAUCAUCGUACGGACACGACGGCCACUCGAAAUACGCAAGCGGUGGAUGGACUCCGAUCGCGAAGCGUAGCUCCAACUAAUUAAAAAAUUAGACAACGGUCUCCCGACAUCACUCAACUCUCAAGUCAUACAUUUCUUGUUGGGUCGCCUUAUUACUUUUCUCUAUACUUGAUUUUUAUUAUUAUUUUUUUAUUAUUUUUUACAUAUGCUUAGAUUGUAAUUUUUUUUUAUACCUGAACGCGUGUUAAUUGUACUCAACACCAUGAAUAAAAAUAUGUUUCGUUGUUAAACAA